GGAUAUCGUACACGCAUAAAAGUUUAUGAAAAUAUUUUUCUGGUGAAUUUGGUUUAUUCGGAAAUAAAGGAGAGAAAAAAUAAUCGAGGACGCGUGUGCCCAAAGUUCUCUUGUGGUCAGAGUGUGAUUUUUCUGGUUGAGGUUUUUUUCUGUUGUUGUUAUUCCAUCAGCCAAGGCCACUGUUUCGUGAGUAAACAAAUGCAAUAAGUUUCUCAGUUUGUCAAGUGCUGAUCGCCGGAAAAUCGAAUACGGAAGAGACUCGAGAGAAAGGAACAACAUGUUUUUUUUGAAAGGACUCUGGAGAGGCAAUACUGGACAUACGAAGCUGAACGAGGAAUGGGCGUUAGCCAACAGCUGCGAGAGCGUCGUGGUGGUCGGCGGCCAGACGAUGAGCGGCACCAUGAGCAGCGCGGCCUCCUCGACCACAACCUCCUCGGGCUGCAGCGUCGGCACACCGACGACCGGCUGCACGCUCAGCCCGACGAACGCCUCGGAUCAGGACGAGGCGGCCUCGUCCUCGUCGGCCACCACGACCAGCGCCACGAGCACCGGCAGCGGCAGCGCAGCCGUCGCGAUCGAGGAGAAGCUCUACGACAUCAAGUAUCUGGGCUGCACUCGGCUGCAGGAGGAGGACGCGGCCGACAACGAGCGGCUCGCAGCGGCUGCGGUUGAUAAAAUCGUUACGGCAACAAAAGCGAGAGGAGAGAAAUUGUUUCGAGUCUCGCUCGCCAUAAGUCGACGAGGCAUACGCAUGACGCUGCUCGACACGGCCGAGGAAGUUCUCCGUGCUCCGAUUUCAAGCAUAGCCUACUGCUCCGUCGACGCCAAACACAAUCAGGUGUUCUCUUUCAUCUUGACCGUCGAGCCCACGUCCUCGUCUCCGUCCGAGUCCGAGCGGCAGCAGCAGCAGCAGCAGCAACAACAUCACGAGUGCCACGCCUACGUCUGCCCGAGACGCAAAGUCGCGCAGACGAUAGCUUUGACUUUGGCACAGGCAUUCGAUAGCGCUUACGCGAUAUGGCAACUGGAUCAGCUUGAUGCGGCCAAUGCAGCGGCGGCAGCCAGGACUACGCACGAGCCAAAGCAGCUGGCGGCGCUCGACGACGAGCUCGUCAAAGUCCAUCUCGACGGCUUCGAGGACGUCGCAUCGGAGGCCAAGAAUAAAUGCGGAAAAGGAGCGCGCCACAAGAGCAAAAAGUCAGCGACGUCCUGCCUCGACCAUGGGAAAAUCAGCAGUGGCUCGAGAGUCCCAGCCACGCCGCCAUCCAAGGACGAGAAAACGACUCGGGCGAAAAGUGACUUGCUGCUGCACGAGGAGCCCCCAGCUAAAGCCCGAGUCGAGUCUUGGGUAUCGUUCGAAGACGAAAAGACGAUUGGCCCAAGCAUCGUGAACGAGGAUAGCAACCACGAAGAGGGCAUGGCACUGAAGCCGCUGUUAAGCUCGCCAAACAGUCCUUUAACCGUAGACAAAUAUCCUUGGAACAGCGGCAAUAUCGAGCAGCAUCAGCAGCUCGUUUGCUCGGCGUAGCAGUACCAGAGUAGCGAGGUACCACUCGUCACGGCUUUGUGGGAGCGCGCCCAUCAUUAAAACGACCGCAACGACGAGAAUAAUAACAAUCAGCAUAACUGUUAUUAUUGAUAUACCUGAGAAGAGCUUAGCAGCAAAUACGUUCAAGUCUUUUUUCUCAAGCUAUCAAUGGACCGAUUAUUUUUAUGGAAAAAUGAAUAAUUAUCUUUAAUAAAAUGUGUUAUGAUUUUGUACGGGCUUUCAUCUAUCCGAAUUUAUUUUUAUAAAUGAUAGACUUGAGCAAAAAAUUUGCAAAAAGCUACAGGUAUAGCUAGUACGUCGCUGAUUAUAAUAUAUUCUAUGUAUAGGACUGAAAAUUGAAGAAAGUGCGAUGAUUAAAAUAAUUUAAAUUAAGAACAUCAAACAUUUUUUGUACAUAUAACAGUUUAUUUAAAAUACGUUAACUAACGUGAAAUGAAUAAUUAACUGAUUGAUUAAUAUUCUUUGUUAGAAAUACAUUAUUUGAAAAAUAUCUAUGAGAAUUGAUUUUCAGUCAUAACUAAAAAUUACCGAAAAAUACGUUCACCGAUAGUGAAUAAAAAUGUAAUCAAUUAUGAAAAACUUGAAAAUCUAACUAAAACUUUUUGAUAGCUUGCAAAAUUUUUACAACUCUAAGGAAGAAUAUAACUUCAAAUUCAACAACGAUUGAAGCAAGAUAAAAAUGUAAUUAAAAUAAUCAAAAUUUUUCUCUCAAAAAAUAAUUUAUUGAGAUUCAAAUCACAAAUGAAACUUUAGAAUCCGAAAAUAUAAUCAAAUUGCCCGUCCAUAAUUAAUACUAAUAUACGAUUCUUUAUAAUUAAUUUUUUUUUUUUGAUAGAUCACUUGUACUAGUUUUCAUAAAAUUUGGAAACAAAUAGAAUUAUUAAUAAAGUAAAUAAUAGAAAAAAAAUUAAAUCGAAACUUUAAGUCUAAACAUAUUUCGUUUCUUCGUUGCUAAACUAGAAAACAAAACCGUUGUAUAACACAAACAAUACUAUAGACAUAUAAACAUUGUUGUGUAAGUCUAUAAUAUUCGUAAUGUUGCAAAUUUAGUAAUAAAUAAUCGCCAAGAUCAUGUUCCACGUGUGACCUACAAUUUCCGCAUGAUCAAUAACAAAAAUUGUAUUUUUAAAUAAUUUCUUCUGCUUUUUUCAAGUAUUAUGAAAUAUUUGUAUUUAAAAGGAUAUUUGACGGCUGAAAAAAGCAUUGUUAUCAUUUUCGGAGCAAAAUACAUCAUUAAACUCGAAGCUGCAAAAUACUUGUUCAGUGGUUGAUUUAUGUUAAAUAAUCACGCACUGAACUUGCAUCUAUCUGCUCCGAGUUUUAUGCAAUACUUUGCUGUUCUGUUCAUAGAGUCAAACGAUACUGAUAUAAAUGUUGAAACCUUAAAUUAUUCAAUCUUAUUGCAUAAGGAAUAUAGUAAUCGUGAAAAAGUUGAUUUCAUUUUGUUCAAAUAUAAUAUUUUGCGUUUAUACAUUUUUAAAGCG